AGAGAGAGAGAGAGAGAGAGAGAGAGGAAACCUCUGCUUUAGACUCUUUUAGACUCAGCUCAGAGCGCGGAUCGUUUCGGCGAAGGGAAAGAGCAUCUGCAAUCGGCCAUUCAGCAAAUUCGUGAGAGAGUUGACCGGUCAGUUGAAGACAAGCGCUCCUGGUUUGAAAUCACGCGAGCUAAAACAUUACUCAGAUUAAAAAGUACCACAGUACUGAAUUAGCACUGGAAUGUAUAUUUUCACAUCACUGUACAGACGUUAACUUUGGGGAGGGUGUUUGAGGAGGACAUGACCUCAGUUUAAGUGUUUCUUGUCUUGGAUAUAAACAAUAAACGCGUGAGUCUGUGGAACUGAACAAUCCUGCCAUCCAGAGCAACAUCCAGUAACGACGUCUGGACUGGAGAGCAGGUGCUUGUCUCAUCUUAAAGAGGAAAACAGUCAGAGGAUGUGACACAAAUAUGGGACGGUGUUUCCGAUUGGCAAUCACAGCAGAUUCGUAUUUUAUCGGCGUGUACGUGUAACGCCGUCCAGUAUAGUGACUGAAGCGACCGGACCAGCAAACAGAGACGUCCUCCGGCUACUUCCACUCGGUAUAACUCCUCCAAGAUCACCUCUAAAGUAACUUGCACGACUGGAGCCCGCUCAUGGGUGCCGCUGGACCGGAUGGCGUGCUACUACCUUGUGAUCAGCUCCACGCAUCUCAGCAAUGGACACUACCGGAGCAUCAAAGGAGUUUUCCGGGGUCCGCUCUGCAAAAGCACCGGAGGCGAAUCACCGGACUACCCUAAGAAAGAGAAAGCCAUUGCAAAAGCGCUGGGGGAUUUGAAGGCUAACUUCUAUUGUGAACUAUGCGAUAAGCAGUACCACAAACAUCAGGAGUUUGACAACCACAUCAACUCAUAUGACCACGCACAUAAACAGAGACUGAAAGAGUUGAAGCAGAGAGAAUUUGCAAGGAAUGUCUCCUCCAAGUCUUGGAAAGAUGAGAAAAAGCAGAAAAGAGCUCUGAAACGACUGCACCAGCUCGCACAACUUAAACAGCAAAGAAACAGUGAUGACAGGAAAGGUCCAAAAUUAAGGUCUACAAACAAGGAUAAAGAUCAAGUUAAAUUCCCCUCUACUGGCAGUAGCAGGUUAGACACAAAACCAACAGCAUUGUCAGUCCGAGACUCAACUGUCUCUUUGAAGGGCUUGUCCUCCACUCAUAUACCCACACAUCAGCAGCUAUGCCAUGAAAAACAACCCUUACAGACUAAAUCCUCUGCAGAACACCGGAGCACCAGGGCAGGGGUCUCAUUCUGUUUCUCCAGGCGAGCUCAACUGAAGCUUGACUCCUGUGCAUCUGUGUUUAGUGAUGGACUUGAAGACACUAGUGACUAUCAAGAGCUCCAGCGCCACAGGCAUAGACUCGCUCUAGAGGACCUCUGGUCCUGCUCAAGCUCACCCAGAGCCUCAAGUAAUGAUGGGCAUGAUCUAUCCCAUGAUCCACCAACUCUUGAAUGGGUGGAUGGAGACUCUCAAACACUGCAAAUAGAAGCACAAGCAGAAAAUGUGGAAAGCUCUGAAAUUAAAGCAAACUACAGCACAAGUGAGCCAGAGAAGCUGGGGUGUCCUGACACAUACAGUCCUAGAGCAGACUGGAAGCCAGCUGGUUCAGAGGACAGAUUGCUUGAUGGGGGGCAGAGGCCCAGGGCAGAGAGGGCUUAUGGGGGAUCAGAGGAGAGAGAAUGUCUCAAGUUCCCCAGCCCUACUGUUUACACAGAUGGACAAGGAACCAUGGCCCAAGGCCAGCUCCAAAUACACAAAGGCUUAAACCACCAUACACAGAAAAACAGCAAACAUGGUAUUAUGCAGAAUGGGAAGGACUGUUUAUCAGAAAAAGGGACAGAGGAGUAUAAAAUACACAAAGUGUGCAAUAAUGAAAUUACAGGUUCUUUCCUUAAUGUACGAAGCAAGGAUGGAAGUGUGAUGAACUGGCCUUCUGAGCUGGUGCAGUACACUUCCGGCGAGCCACAGGUGUCUUAUAGCUGUAACCCUCUAUACCACUAUUUCAAACAGAAGGAGGGCAAAAGCACAAAAGCUGAGCAGUCAGAUGUAUAUGUUGUCGGCAAACUUGCAGGCCAUAACGACAGGGCUGGGCAACAAACACAGGAUGUUCCAGGAGGUAAAUCAGGCAUUUUAAAACCAAAGAGACCCAAACACAGGAGAAAGGGGAAAAAAAUUAGGCAUAAAUUAGAUGCUGUCAGGAUCCAGGAAGCAGGCUGUUCAUUCAAAACCUGCUCGCAGACAGAACCUGGAGGACACUUUGAAUUCCAAAGAACUCCAGCUGACACGUCACAAAACAAGCAAGCAUGCACUGAGAGGAGGCACAAGCUGGGAAAGAGAAAAAGAUCAGUGAGAGAUGAGACUUCAAAUGAAAGUGACACCCCAGAGCACAGCCUCAAAAGCAUUGUUGUAAACUCGCUUUCCGCCCCAGCACGUAAAAGAAAGCAAUGUCAAACGAUGAGGGGGUUUGAAUUGGCGCUGCCCUGGCUAAGGCGAAGGCCUUUACCAUAUUCUGUUCACAACACAACAGGAAGAGAGGAUAAUUAUCACUGUUAUGACGACAGCUAUGAUUCAAAGAGGGAUGCUGCCUCAACUACCACCAGUGACAAAUCUGGGUCAUGGAGUGGCCUUUUAGACUUAAACUCAGAUGGGGAAUCACCUGUGUACCACAUGGGGAGAUGUUCCACCUCACCAAGAUCAAACUAUCUGUACCCUUUCAGAAAAGACCACAGUCAGUCCAGGUCUUACAUUAGAAGUUCCCCUUACAAUGAUCCUUACUACAGUUACAGUCCAUGCAAAGAUUUUGAACAUACAGGAGAAAGUUGGGAUUACACAGACCCUUACGUCUACAAUAACCAAAAAUAUUCAACAGUUUGUGACAGCCCAGAUCAGCACGAGAGGAACAGUAUCAGAAGGCACAAAAGGUUUAUUGAGGAGCGUAAAUACAGAGAUCACAGAUUUCAGCAUACAGGUAGGCAGUUAUUUUAUAGAGUCUAUGACAGUCCUGAACCUAAAGAAGAUGACAGGGACUGGUGGUAUGAAAGGCUUAGCCCUGUAAGUGGGAAGCACCGGGAGAGAGAAGAAUUUCCUUGGUCAAGUCCAGAAAGAAGUGAAGACAUGUGGUAUAACAAGCCAGUGUCCAUUCAUAGCCCUGGUUCCUCUAGUACCACUAGCAUCUCUGAUCUUAGUGGGGACUGGUUGUCUAAUUCCCAUGUUAGGCCAUCUACUACUGGACAGAGCCAGAAACAUUGCAGUUAUUCUGGAUGGCCACCCAAGAGAUUGGUCAAGACCAAAUCCUCCCAUUCUCUUCUUAGAAAGAGGAGCCAUUCACCCCCAUUAGUUACAAGCAACCAUGCAACUCAACCUACGUCAUUAAACUCAGGUGUUGGGAUAGAAUGUGUUAAACAAAAAUCUAACCCAAUGCCAACAGACCAGUUGGCUGAAAAGGAUCCUAAAGUAAAGAAAGCAAAUGCCACACUCAUGUUUCCACUAAUUGGUAAAUUACCUUCUAUUAAGAAAGGGGCAAGGAAAAUAAGGAUUAAUAAAGAUGAUGCAAGUGCCUGCAUUAGUAAACAGGUUCAAACAACUUCAACUGUUCCAUCAAAUCCACAAGUUAUACCUCAAUUUGACAGCAAUACUUCAGAAGACUUACAGCAUAGAGUAGGGCAAAGUCCCAGUGCAUCACCAGUUUGUCUUGAAGUUGCCAAGAAGUAUACAUCAACAGAAACUUGUGCUUCUUUAGUUCUGAAUCCAGACAAGACUUUGACACAAAAGCGCAACAUCAGAAACCAAGGGGACAAUGCAGAAAUCGCUGGGAUUGACUGUUCAAAACGCACCACCCCUCCUCUUUCAGAGCAACCAAUCACCUUCACUGAUGACGAGAUUGAGAAGUACAGAUUGCUUCAACUCCAGGCUCAACAGCACAUGCAGCAGCAGCACCUUCAGGAUCAAGCAUCUGUAGACAUGACACAUUUACCAGUACCAACUCCAGAGCCACCCGACCAGACCAUUCUUUCAGCCUGUCUGCCAUACAGCAUACUCAAGCCCUCUUCUACACCCUCUUCUAUUGCUCCUCAUCCCUCCUCUGUUACCCUGCUUACUCCCCUUCACGCCUCUAUCUCUCAGCCCCGUUUUGCCCCUCCAAUUCCUGCUGCCUUUUUUCCAGCGCUGCCUGCUACUAUGUUGGCAGCUCAACCCCUCCACCUGAUCCCAGCCUCAUCCCUCCACCCAGUUCACCCUCACCAUCAUGUUCCUGGGUUAACUCUCCACCCCCUGCCUCGUGUUUCUCUGCUUCCCACGAUGCUCAGUCCAAUGCCCAUGGCUGCAGCUGCCGCCGCUGCUGUUGCUGCUGCCAGUACUCUGCAGAUCCACCCCCUACUACACCCUCUGUUCCACAGCCAAGACCUUCAACGCCACCCUGGACCAACCAGCUAGCUCUGUGCAGUGAACUUUCUGAAGUUUAGGUUCUACUUUCAGCCAAAGUUCAUGUUGAGAAGUGAUUGAUUUUUGUUCCAUCUCUAUUUGUUGCAGUGUAGACUCAAGGAUAGCGGGACUUUUUACUUUGUUGUUUACUAGUUGUUUACUGUUACAUUAUUUAGCCAUCUAUCAUCUCCCCGCAUUAAUACACAGAUGAAAUUCUCCUGCCUCAGCACACUGUGAUUUAUCAGCAGUUGAGCCCAAUCAGCAGUUGGCUGAAAUUAAGCAUAACCUGAAGUCAAAUGCAAAUGUUAAUGCCUUCUUCAAUUAGUAAUAAGUAUAAUUAGCAUAUUUUUACAGUUAGGCUACCCAGCAAGUGUUCAAAAGGAUUUUAUUUAUGAAGAACUUAGUGGAGAUACCCUUGAGCAACCUUAAACUGACUAAGCAAAAUGUACAUGAAAAUUCGAAAUAAUUCAGAAUUAAAUUCAGAGAAACAUUUUUACAAUAUGUAAAUGUACAUCAUUAUUUGGUGCAGAAAUAAAGCAUGUGAUUGAGCUAUUAUAUCUCUUAAUGGAUUUAGCAGUGUUCACCACUUUGGUUGAAAAUGUCCCGUUUUUAAUUUAAAAUAUUUUUUCUGUGUAGAGUAAGUUUGUUCUUGCUCAGCUGUAGUGUGGACAUGCAAUAAUGUUUUUUCAAUCUAUUUAAAAUGUAAAAUCUUGAACAGUAUUUAUGUAUUCAUACUUUGUAAUGUAAGUAAUAACAAAUAACAUGCACUUGAUUGUUCAUACAUGUUUAAGAUGCUUUUUAUUCUCUCUUAUUUUGGUAGAGCCAGACAUACUUUCAUCUGUAAGAUAAUGUCAUGGUAAUAAUAAUAAAUUAAAUGUCAUUCCAAGAAAUGACAGUUUUGUUACUAGUGUCUUUGAAGUCUAUAAUUUGACUCAAGGCUUUUAAGGUUCAGGACUUUUAUACUUUGAAAGACACAGAGUAGCAAUUACCAUUUUGCCUGGAGGAGGACUGUGGCUGAAUUGGCAUAUACCUACCUCUAAAAAAAAAAAAAACAAUCCUCCAGAAAAUAGCAUAAUACAUGUCAAAUUCAGUGAUUGUUAACGCCUUCAUUUCAAAUGAGCAGUGCUUCAUUGCUUAGAUCUAAGGGACUGGGAGUUUGUGUUAAUGAUGCUUCUCAUUGCCAGCAGUGGCCCAAUAACACAACUGUGCAUUUGCACUAAUUAACUCUCUAGAGUUACCACAGAUUGGUGAUUCAUAUGUCCAAACUCAAAUCUCAAAUUGUGUUGGGCCUGUCCUUUAGGAAACACAUAAUGAAGGCAAAGUUGUGUCCUGUUGGACAGGUGCCGUGGUCAGUUCGCAUGUAAAAAAGAUUCUGAGAAGCUGACAAGAUGUGUUGUUUGGUUCUAGACAACAUUAUGAGUUCAGUGAACAGAAUGGUUUUCUCUUUUUGAGUGCACUUCAUGUUGGAAAUGCUAGGCGAUUACAAAAGUUUCCAAUGAUGGUCUAUUGAUUAUAAGGCACAAAGUGUCCUACACAACAAACAUAGAAUUGCAACCUUCAUUACUCCAGCAAGCACUUUUGGUUGUUUGGUUGCUUCCACUGGAAAGUACAAACAUGAAAAUAAAAAUGAUGGCUGAGUUGAUGGCCUUCUAAUGAUUUUGAGAGACUCAAUUGAUUUUUCUGACAACCUCAACAAGAAUUCAUGCAGAUAUCCGGCUACCUUAAGGGAGAGACAUAAGGGGAAGCAGUGUGUGGAAUGGUUGCCCUCCCAUGCCCCAAAUACAUCCUCUCUGCUGGCAAACCUGCUGCCACUUGCUCGUACUCCACAGGACAGUAGAUCAAACAGACUGUAUGAAAUAGAGAGCGGGGAUAAUUAGCAGAUGUUACAAAAUAAACUAAUUCUUUGCAACCAACCAAACUAACUGAUUAAUACUGAAUUUUCCCACUAAAAAAAAAAAAAAAAAAAAAAAUUAAAUUUGAAAAGGGAGUGGUGGAACAUGAAAGAUGAAAAGAAGAUGAGAUGUACUGAUCAGAAAUGUGAAAACAAGAGGAAUCAAAAUAGUUAGAAGCUUCGAGCAUUUACAUCAGGGUGAAGUGUGUUUGAUGUACAUCAGUUCUUCUGAUAUGACCACAGAAAUCCAUAUUCCAUAUCACUAAGCCUUGGAGCUAAAUAUAAUCACAUAAGGGUUAUAUAAUGUAAAGUUUGUACUUUUUCUGGAGCCAAACUUUUCCCUCAUUAUUAAUUUCUUCUACAGUAACUAUGAGGCAUACAGUAAGACAGAAGAACACUGCAUGCCCCUCACAGUCUAGUGCCCUGCCAGCCGCUUAUUUAAUAUGCCAUUGAAGUAGGGAGCCACUGCUUGCCGCUCAACGCCUGUGGGGGCCACUCAGAAUCUGUUUAGCGUGUAUCAAAGCUAUAGGACAUCACCAUCUCCACUGCUAAAUGCCCAGUAUGGUGCAGACAGUGUACAUAUCUUCCUUGCUCAUUCUUCCAUUCUUAGCUUGCACCCUCCGGUGAUAGUGUCUUACUGACACCACCCACAACAAUCACUGAAAAAUAUAAUCUAUUCAGAGCAGUAUUAAGCCACUUUUUAUCACUGUGAAUUAUUUUUCAGUUAUUCAUGUGAUUCUUUGAUUUAAUUUUUUAUUAUGUAUAUGUCUUCACAUUUCCUCAUAAAGUCCAGGGAGAGCAGACAGAAAGAUG